CACCUAACGACAAUCUCCACGGCAACAACCAAACACUGAAAAGCAAAAAUCCACAUAAUUUCGCAUUCAUAAUGCCCGGCAAAGGAAAAGGAAAGAAAAAGGAGAAGAAAGAAGAAGGUGGGGACGAGAAAAAGGCGAAAAAAGGAGGUAGGGGGAAGAAGGGCAAGUCCAAAGGGCGGUGCAACGUUGAUAUGUUGACUGAAGCAGCCAUGGACAACGUUUACUACGCCUGCCAUAAUGUCCAAGAGCUACUGGCAGCUAGAGGAUUCCACCCGCCAGACUUUACGAAAAAGAAGAAGAAGGGAAAGCGAUAAUAAUCUUAAAUUGAAGUCAUUUGUUUUAUAGAUGUAUCAUGUUGUGUUAGUUCUUCAAUAUUGUUAAAAUAGUAAAAGUUUAAACGUUGUGUUUUUUUUUAAGGUAAUUAUAUCAUACCAGUGUUCUAUUGUCCUUGAUGGCUUGAUUGUCCAGGUAUAAGCAGCCUAUGUGUUAGCCCUUAUAAAUUGAUUAAUUUAAUAGCCGUAGCGUUCUGGGGACUUAAUAUCU